CAUCGUCCUGCUUUGACUGGUCCAGGUCUACCUGCACAGCCCCACAGGGCAAAGGACACUGAGAUGCUGAAAGUGCCCAGGAGGCGUGAAUGUUAGAGAAUUCAGCUGCUCUGGUCUUCGCUGAGAGGGGAGGCACCCGAAUCCAGGAAGAGAGCGUUUCCAUGGGGCAGGCAGGGCAGGGGAGGGCUCCUCCCAGCGUGUUUGCCCUGCUCUGUGUAUUCAGCCGGCAGGCCUGACAAGGAAGCAGAGGGCAGGGGGCCAGGCUCCGCACACAGUCUGGUACCGGGCAGCAACAGCUGGAGACACAGGAUCCUGAGCAGAAACCACUGCUGCAAACGCCACGGGACCCAAGAUACUGCCACCAGCUCAUCAGGAACAAUGGGCAACCAAAUGAGCGUCCCGCUGAGAACUGAAGUCCAGGAGAAGCAACCGGAAGCAAACACUUACAAGGUGAUAGCAGACAACGAGCACGUUCAGAAUGGGAACCCAGUGAUGGUGUCCACUCAGGUGAUUCAGCGCAGUGAUGAAGUCGAUUUGGGAAUAAGCAUCUCCAAGGAUAAUGUGGCUGCUUCUUCCCCCAAGACAACGGAGGCCCAAGCUGUGGCCAACACCAGCGGAAAGAGUCUUGGGAAAGAAGCCAAGCCCCGGGCACCAGCUGCUAGAUCGAGCUUUUUCUUGACGCUCUCUCGGCCUGUACCAGGACGUCCCGGGGACCAAGGCACGGAUUCAUCGGCUGCAUCGGGCAAGCUUGAUGUCAGCCCCGGCACAGCGCCUGCGAACAAAGACCCAAGUGAGCACGGGGCACUUCCGGUGGCAGCUGCACCAGGGCCGGCUGCAGAUAAAACGCCAGGGUGCCCUGAGGCCAAGCAGCAGGCCUUCCCUGCCACCUGCCCGCCAGCACCUUCACCACCUGAGUCCAGCGCGGAAGACACCUCCAAGCCCAAGGACUUCAGCUUCUUCGACAGAUUAUUUAAACUAGACAGGGCAAGAGAAAGGGCACCAGCUGGCCACCAGCCUGAAGAAGCCAAAGCGGUGAGAGACCAAGACCAGGCCGAGGAGGCUCCUGCCGUGCCAGGGAGUCCCCAUGGUGUCCCUGCUGAGGAGGACAUAGCCGACAGCGAGGGGAGAGGACAAGAAGUUGACACUCUGAGUUAUUCCGUCCCCGGGGAACCAGAGGUGCUGGGGACCAAGAGGGAGGACCCCCAAGUGGUAGAAACCACAGAGAAUAGUAACACCAUCAUGAGCUUCUUCAAGACCCUCGUUUCGCCUAACAAAACUGAAACAAAAAAGGAUCCAGAAGACACGGCAGCCAAGGCAGACAGUGUCUGCGAUGGCCACGCUGGCCAGAAGAUGGUGGAGACGCAGGCUAAGAGCAAGAAGAAACGCCUGGACAGCCCCAGGCUGGGACUGGCCUUUAGGAAGUUCUUUAGGCAUAAGGAUGCUGAAAAUUCACCGGCUACUUCAGCCAGUCUCAAGUCAGACCAAGCCAACUUCACCGCCCAGGAGACCCCAGGGGCCACCAAGAGCUCAAAAGGCUGCAGCCCACCAAGUCAUGUGCCACCCGCAACAGCCAGUGACACAGGAAAAGAAGGAGGCAAGGAGAAGUCUGGGCCCACCUCCUUGCCUCUGGGAAAGCUGUUUUGGAAGAAGUCAGUUAAAGAGGAUUCACUCUCCACAGGUGCAGAGGAGAAUGCGGUGUGUGAGCCAGCAGUAGAGACUGUAAGGUCUGAGGAAGUAGAGCCGCCUUUACAAACUGUGGAUCUCAAUGAAGAAGCAGCCCGUCCCGAACCCACAGACGGAAAAGUUAAGGAAGAAAACAAACCCCGGAGGACCCCUCUGAUGGCGUUUCUCAGACAAAUGUCAGUGAAAGGGGAUGGAGGGACCACCCGCUCGGAAGAGAGUAAUGGGAAAGACGCCACCUGCCAAACGUCAAACUCCGCGGAGAAGACACCUGCGCCCCCAGAGCCAGAGCCCGCGGCAAUAGCCCAGAAAAGCAAGGAGAACUCCUCGAAGGACAAGAAGUCAGUGGCCGAGACCAACAAGCAGAAGAGCAGCAAACAGGAAGCCAGAGAACCUGUGCAAUGCGUGCAGCAGCCCAUGGUGGAGGCAAACUCACUGCAGAAUGGGGACAAGACCCCAAAGAGGUCCGAGAAGCGGCGACAGUCCCUCGGGGGCUUCCUGAAGGGGCUGGGACCAAAACGGAUGUUGGAUGCUCAAGUGCAAACGGACCCCGUAUCCAUCGGACCAGUUGGAAAAUCCAAGUAAACAAACCACUCAGUUCCCACCGGGUCCUCCUCCCACUCUGUCUCCCACCCAGACUCACUCUGUGUAUAUAUUUGUUUUUCUCCUGGCCAGCCAAUGAAAUUCUGCCUACAACUUCAACCUGAGUGGUUGUAGAUCGAGGUGUAUUAUUUACGUCUCUGGUCUGGUCUUUCCUGGCAAUGUAACUGUAAAAAUGGGUUAGCAGGUUAACUAGUUAAUCCAGGGAAGCUGGAGAGUGGGAUGGAGGAGGCAGAUGAAGGCAUUUGGGUUAAGUUAUGAAAAGAUGGCAGUAUCCAGUAAGUUGCAGAGGAAAAAUGCAAACAUGAGAAAAAGGAGAAAAAGAAUAUUCUGCUUUGUAGCAAAUGUCGCCUCAUCCCCCUAAGCCUGAGUGGGUAAGGGAAGACCCACUUGUUUUAGAUGGGGGAAGGAGGACUCUGGGCAGGCUGGGCAUCUGUUAGCUUUCUGCAAUGGAAUGUGUGGGGUGUAAAGAGGAAUGGGUAACAGUAGGUUUUCAAAUAGGGUCCUUGGAAGUUUUUGGUGAAGGGAAGCGGUGGACUGGAGAGGGGUUGCAAUGAUUUGGGGAAACAAUUAUUUCUGAGGUGUAGGGACAAGGGCCUGAAUUACCAACCUCAAAAGAAAAGCCAAGAGUAAAAUGAAAUUAAGUUGCAGAUUUAUUUCGCAACACAAAGGGGCGCCACGACCCCCACUUUCCCUUUGCAUCCAGUACCCUAACAAAGGUUUGUCUCUGCCGUAUUCCGUUAUUAAUGUUUCUCAGAUGGUUGAGGGGCUUGCUUCAUCUGUUCCGUCUGACGCUCAUCUCGCGCCUGUCUGUAAUUUCCUAAUGUGUUCAGGAUGCUCUCUGAUAAAAAAAAAAAACCCUUCCCCUAACCCAGUUAAUAAAAAUCUGCAGGAGGUUAUUCAAAUACUUGAGGUGUUUUAUUUAAAUUCUUGUAUAGAGAACUAAAUUGAAUCAUGAGUCCAUUAAGGUGGAAUGCAAAGUAGCUUAUGAUUGACUGAUGGUCAUGUAUAUUGUACCUUUCUUUUUCUUAUUUAAUAAAAAAAUUAAUUUUA